AUGGAUAUGCUGGAGCGGGAGGGGGAGGAAGGAGGGGAUAGACAAGUCGUCUCUGAACACCAGAGGGGACGUGAUAAUGACGACCAGUACCACUCGGUACGCAGCGGUAGCACUGACUCGAGCCCAAACAGGCAUGCAGCACCGGAGUCGGUUGUGUCCAACCGCAACAAGGCCGUGCAUGCGGAAAGAGCAAGGAGGAGGGCCGAACUGGUGGCCAAGAAGAGGGGCGUUGUUCCAAGUAAGCCGGAGGCGCGUAAAGUGUUAUUACGCAAAUACAUGCCCGAGUUGGCAGUGAAAAUCCCAAGGAUGGCGCACGAAAAAACACAGUCGCACUUACUGUCGAGCACGUCAUCUGAGGGGUCGGGCGGAGAGACAACGCCACCACCUGCGGGCCCGUCGGACCCGUCCCCAUUGACGCAGGCGGUACCGCCGCCAAGCAAAGAUGAAAUUGACUGGAAUGGGGAUGUCGAUCGUGCCACGUCGGGCCUUGUGACAUUGCUCACCGCCAACGGGGAGAGCACACUUGACACUAACACUCUUGAGCUAGGGUUGGGCACGCUCAGGGCGAUAGCGGCGCGACACGCCCAACCCGCCCGAGAAGAAGGUGGACGUAACGAGCGCGAGACUGGCAGGGGGUACUACAGCAGAGGCCCUCGCUAA